CUCCUUUAGUUUCUAUGUUUAUUUCUUCAGGCAGGUUGCCUUAGAAGACACGUGUCUGCAUUUCACAGACUAAAGCAAACAGAGGAAAGAGAGAAACGAGGAGAGAAAGAGUGGCGAAGAGGAGGAGUGUAGAUAAAAAUGAACCUCCUUCCCAGUUCCCAAGGCCAUGCAGAGCAGUGUGGAAUGGUCUCCAGUCCAGUAUCUGUGCAUGUGAGAAGAUAAUCUUAGAAGAGGAAAAGAGUUUCACACGCAGCAAUGGCCUCGACUAACACUGAAAGCAUGGCUGAAAGGCUAGCACACAUUAAACAGGAGGAUUGUGAGUGGGGCACAGCAGAAGAAGAUGUGUACGUGAAGCUGGAGGAUUGUGAAGGCAGCGUUUCUGUGUUUAAAGAGGAGGAGUGCAAGGGGGAGAUUGUGGAAGUCAAAGUUAUGGAUUUGGAAGAUUUGUCAGUUAGCCUUGAAUUGCAAAAGCACGAAACUGGGACCAUUUUCAAGCAAGAUUUUUGUGAAGACUCCCACUCUAGUUUGCAGCCCUGGGUCACAGACAUGGGACAACUGGCUCCCCAGCAGAAUUCUAUGGAACUGAAAUCUGAGUUUGAAGAGAAAAUCGGUGACGGAAACUGGAGAGGAGAAGAAGGAGAACAGAAGUCCUCUAGCAAUGUGGGAAAUAAUUUCCUGGAGAAUUGCAGCUUCUCUGUGUCUUCGUUUCAUCAGCGCCCCCUUCAGCGUGGACUACGGCAGGAGCAGGUCAAGGAGAAGAUGAAGAAAUCAAAAAGAGAAUCGGAGAAGUUGACCUCGGCAUCUUUGUUGUGCAGUUCUUUUACUGCUGACAAUCCGACACCGACAAAAUCCAUCAACACUGACCGACGACAAGUCCAUAACACAGAUCAAGAAAUUUUACACACCAGGCACAAACGUGGAAAAACUUUAAAAAAAAAAUCUGCCUGUAAAGAUAAGUCGAUUCAUUCAGUUAAGAAGCCGUUUGCCUGUUCAGAAUGUGGCAGACAAUGCCCUAAUCGUAGCAGCCUCCAAAGGCACAUGCAAGUUCAUACGGGAGAAAGGCCGUGUUCGUGUUCUGAAUGUGGCAAACAGUUCUUUGACUAUAACACUCUUCAGAGGCACACCCGGGUUCAUACUGGAGAGAAACCCUAUUCCUGUUCUGAAUGUGGCAAACAAUUUCCUUACAGUAGCUCUCUUCAGAAACACAGACGAGUUCACACAGGAGAGAAGCCGUUUGUUUGCUCCGAAUGUGGUAAAGAUUUCUCAUUCUUGUGCAAUUUUCAAAACCACUUAAGGAUUCACAGUGGAGAAAAGCCUUACUGUUGUAAUGAAUGUGGCAAACAAUUCGCCCAAGGAAGCAGCUUACGGAACCACGUCAGAAAUCACACUGGAGAGAAACCUCACUGUUGUUCAGAAUGUGGCAAACGAUUCUCAAAACUAAGUCAUCUUCACAGGCACACAAGGAUUCACACUGGAGAAAAGCCAUAUACCUGUCCUGAGUGUGACAAACGAUUCUCACAAGUAAGCCAUCUUCACAACCACGCAAGAACCCAUACAGGAAAGAAGCGAAAAGAGAAAAAAUAACUAAAUAUCAUGAAAUGCAAUUGGAGAUGAGCCAGAUGUGGAGUAAAACCACACCGAGUGUGGCAGUGGUGCUGGCCUUAUCAAAAAAGUAAAAUUCCAGGCCCCUUUAGAUGCCUUACCAAUCACCAUCACUCCAUGUGAACUAGAGAAGAAUGCACUGUUAGGAACAAUCCAAGCUCUGCCAGCAAACCUAAAAGAAUAACAACAGCUGUGCAAAAUUCACACCAGAAAAACAAGCACACUUCAGGACUCAAGAGUGUGAGGUUCACUCCUGUCCUAAAAAGUUAGCAAAUGAAACCAUUGUUCAGAAAAGGCAUAUACUGUAGCUAUGCUGAAUGUGGCAAACGAUUCUUUGACAGUAACCAUCUUCCUAUGCACAUACACAAAUUCAGGCUGGAUAAAACCGUCCUACAUGCAUUUACCUGCACACAUGUAACCAAGUUAAGGCAAAAAGCUGGUUUCUUAAAAAUGUGUAUUUACUGUAUGUACUCGAGUAAUCAUUUGGAGUUCUUCUUUUGGCAAAGUGCUCCCAACGUGAUUAAACUGCGUAAAAAAACAGCUAAACGUCGUCAUCAUCAGCCGCCAUAAAUCUGAAAACAAGCAUUGAAGCUUGUGAUCAUUUCCUCGUCUUAUAUAUAAACGUCUAUGCGUGGAAGUGUGAGUUUGUGUGUGUCUGUCCGGCCCGGAAAUGAGAGGCUCCACCUCCGAGGAUACACAAGCGUGGCCAGCACAUCGGCAAAAUGAAACCUCCAAAGAAAGAGUCACUCACUUAAGCUGCUAAUACAGAAGCGAAGCGAGCACAUCAGUAAAUGGUAUCCCUUUUACUUUUCUUCCCGCCAUUAAUAUACAAGCGAGGCGAGCACGUCGGCAAAACGAAUCAUUCGAAGAAAGGCAAAGUCGUUUAGCUGCUAAUAUACAAGUAAGAUGAGCAUAUUGGCAAAACGAAGCCUCAGAAGAAAGACAAAGUCGCUUAGCUGCUAAUACACAAGUGAUGUGAGCGCAUCGGCAAAACGUAACCCCAGAAGAAAGACCGUCGCUUACCUGCUAAUACACAAGUGAGAUGACCAUAUUGGCAAAACAAAUCAUCCGAAGAAAGACAAAGUCGCUUAGCUGCUAAUACACAAGUGAUGUGAGCACAUCGGCAAAACGUAACCCCAGAAGAAAGACAGUUGCUUAGCUGCUAAUACACAAGUGAGGCAAGCACAUCGGCAAAACAAAUCAUCCGAAGAAAGGCAAAGUCAUUUAGCUGCUAAUACACAAGUAAGAUGAGCAUAUUGGCAAAACGAAGCCUCAGUAGAAAGACAAAGUCACUUAGCUGCUAAUACACAAGUGAUGUGAGCACAUCGGCAAAACGUAACCUCAGAAGAAAGACCGUCGCAUAGCUGCUAAUACACAAGUGAGAUGAGCACAUCGGCAAAACAAAUCAUCCGAAGAAAGGCAAAGUCGCUUAGCCGCUAAUACGCAAGCAAUGUGAGCACAUCGGCAAAACAUAACCUCAGAAGAAAGACAGUCGCUUAAGUGCUAAUACACAAGUGAGGCGAGCACAUCGGCAAAACAAAUCCUCCUAGGAGAGAGACGUCCAGAGAAGUUCCUUUCAAUUACCUGGCAUCUCUACAUUUCAAUUUUUUUUCUGACGAUUUCAAUAGUUUCUAGAACCCUGGGCUUUUUACAACACGGGCUUACACAGCUAAGUGUUUUAUAAAUACCUUUAGUUCUUCAGGUGCUUUGAAGUAAAAGACAUUCAUUCGUUCAUUUUUUAUUUAUUUAUUUUUUUACAUCAUCUACCCGAGACACCAAUGAUUUGCGGUUGUGGAAGAAAUUUAACGGCCACCGCCCACUGGGUGUCCCGUAUUGGCAGUAAACACGGGCAGGAGGAAGCGUCAGUCGUUAUUCUUUAUCUAAAUUUUGCAGUAGGCAACACAGCAGAUCUUAUUAGCAAGGGUUACCAAGGAAAAGAGCGUCCUCCGCGCUGUAUUUAUACAAUUCAGUGAUCAGCUCACAAUUCCAAGGAAUGUUACAUCAUCAGAAAACUUUUAACAGGAUUGGUUACCCUAACCCCCCAAUUGCUGACGGGACAAAAUGUUGAUGCCUUAACUAACCACAAGUAACCCAGUCGUCUAGGCUGAUUGAUAGUCCUGUCCGUUUUAGAUGUGUGUGACUCCUUGUUCCCGUGGUUUGUUAUACAAUGGUCUUAAUAUUUUAUAAUCCAACUGGGUACAUUGACAGGAAACUUAGCCUAAGCAUUACAAUACAACAAUGAGUAUGCCGUACAUAUGACUGUCCCUUUAGCUUUUGUAUAGAUUUUUUUCUUUUUUUGCUGUUAAGUCACUAAAAUGCCUUUAUCAUAGUGAAUAAUAAAAUAACAGCUUUGGCUUUUAAGCAUAAGCUCAGAAGAUAAAAAUAUGAAAUCUUGAGCACAAAAUCCGCAGAUAAUAAAUUUGGGCUUCUUUUAACAGCAUAACAAACGAAGUGCAAUUUGAAACAAGGGUGCAAAUUGAAUUCUUACACGGUAUGAACACUGCACUCCCCAAUCACACAGUUUCAUCUCAUCUGUAGCAAAUAGCUGAAUUAAAACUAAACUGAAACUCGAUUAUUUUUUUUUUCCUCUCUUAUUGUAAUGCACAUACAGUUGUGUUCAAAAUAAUAGAAGUGUGUUUCAAGAAAGUGAAUACAGUUGUGGCCAAAAGUUCUAAGAAUGACCCAAGUGUUGGUUUUCACCAAGUUGGCUGCUUCAGUGUUUUGAGAUCUUUGUGUCAGAUGUUUCUCUGGUACAAUGAAGUAGAAUGACAAGCAGUUCAGAAGUUUCAAAGGCUUUUAUUGACAAUUCCAUGAAGUUUAUGCGCAGAGUCCAUGUUUGCAGUGUUGGAAAUUCUUUCUUUUUCAAGGCCUCUGGAAUUCACCCUGGCAGGCUGGCAAUCAACUUCUGGGCCCAAUCCUGACUGAUGGCAGCUGCCCAUUCUUGAUCAUCAAUGCUUGGAGUUUGUCAGAAUUGGGGGGUUUUUGUUUGAGGACUUACCACAAGUUCUCAAUGGGGAGUUUCCUGGCCAUGGACCCCAAAUUUCGAUGUUUUAUUCCCCGAGUCACUUAGUUGUCACUUUUGCCUUAUGGCCCGGUGUUCCAUCAUGCCGGACUUUUCAUUGUUGGUCACCAAACUGUUCUUGGACGGUUGGGAGAAGCUGCGAGACAACAAAUUGUCAACCCCUUGCCUGGACCAUACCAGCCUAAAAAGAACGCUUGGUGUAAUGUUCACGAAAUUCCCGUUCAAUGAGAAACAACACCUCAGAGAAAGUGUUUUCUAUUAUAUCGGUGUGUGUAUCUACUGUUGCAGAAUUCUCAUUUAAAUUAAUCUUGUCUGUUCAUUACAAAAUGGUAUAACAUUCUAACCUACACUGUCAAUGUAUAAAUUUGUCAUUCAUUUUGUAGCAUAAAACAUUCUUGGCUACACUGCAGUAAAUGAAUCUGGUUUUCAUUUAAAGUGGUAAAACAUGAAAAGCUAUACUGUGUAUUGAAAACAAAAA